AUCUGAAGAUAUUUACUGAAUUUCUGCUGGUUUUCAUAAUACAGCUAGAACAAAUAUUAGUUUCCAGAUACAAUGAGCAUCAGUUUGUCUACUAUGGACGAAAUAGAAGAAGAAGCCAAAGCAGCAGCAGAAAAAAUGGUUAUAAAUAUGAUGCAAAGGCCAGGUCAACUAGAAAAGGUUGAGCAGUACAAGAAGAGGAUUACUCACAAGAAGGCCUCCAUUGAGGCUCAGCUGAAGUCCGCAGUGCAGGGCAAGCUGGACGGGGUCAGUGUGGGGUUGAAACAGCUUCAGGAGUGCCUUGAUGAUGUGCAGCAAAUUGGUCUCAAGAUGGAUGAAUUAGAAGAGCUUCUAAAAGGCGUGCCUCCACUAGUCGGGUCGCUACAAGCUGUAAGAGAAGAGGACUCGCGACACUCGCAGUACGUGACGGCCAUGGACAGCCUGAAGCAUAUAUUCACGGUGCCAGAUAGCGUGGCUAAAACCAUGCAGUGGAUCGGGGAGGGGAAGUUGCUGCAUGCGCAUCAGUGCCUCAACGACCUAGAGAACUCCCGCGACGACCUUCUCUACGAGCUGCAUCGUCUCCCCAACCAGUCCUCACACGACAAGAUCAUGCUCAAAGCUUACUUCGAGGAUGUGGAGAUGGUCUCCAACUCGCUGGAGAAGCAGAUCAAGCUGAUCCUAGCGCGGACCCUCAAUACUGUGCGCAAGGAGCCCACGGUUAUAGUCACCGCGCUCAGGAUUAUUGAGAGGGAGGAGAAGAGGGACCAGAUGGCGCUCGAGCAACAAGACCAAACGGGCUUCAUGCCUCCCGGGCGGCCCAAGCGCUGGCGCACCGUCGCCUUCGAGGAGCUGGAGCGCGCCGUCGCGCAGCGCACCGAGGGCACGCGCGUCGACGAGCGCGAGGACAACAAGCUGUGGCUCGUCAAAUACUUGGAACUUACUAGACAGCUGAUUCUGGAAGAUUUGAGGGUGGUCAAGACGCUGUGUGUGCCGUGCUUCCCGCCGCAUUACGAUAUUGUGAAUAAAUACGUCAACAUGUACCACACCUGCCUCUCUUCAAGCGUAAGUCUUUUAUACGUAUCUAGAAACCGCGUUGAACGGGAUUACAACAAGCUGUGGCUUGUCAAAUACUUGGAGUUGACUAGGCAGCUGAUUUUAGAAGAUUUGAGGGUGGUCAAGACGCUGUGUGUGCCGUGCUUCCCGCCGCAUUACGAUAUUGUGAAUAAAUACGUCAACAUGUACCACACCUGCCUCUCUUCAAGCCUCCAAGGCGUAGUCGACAGCGGUCUAGAAGGCAACGAAUACGUGACCCUGCUGUCCUGGGUGUUGAACACGUACCCGGGCACCGAGCUGAUGGGCAGCCCGGAGCUCAACAUCGACGUGUCCACGCUGCCGCCGCUGCUCAGCGAGGAGAGCCUGCAGGACGUGUGCGACGAGUAUCUGCAGAAAAUGGAAAGCAACUACAUGGAAUGGAUGGAGAAGACACUCGAGUCAGAAAGAGCCGAAUGGAACGGAGACCGCGCGCCCGAAGUAGAGCCACAUUCCAACGCGUACCACACACACGCGCCGGUCAUCAUAUUCCAAAUGAUCGAUCAGAACCUGCAGGUUACUCAAACCAUAAGUAAGGAGAUCACGUUCAAAGCGUUGAUGCUCAGUAUCGAGCAAGUGACGCGCUAUGGCAACAUGUACAGAGAAGGUGUACUUCAGUUCAAGAAUAGUCACUUCUCCGACCGCUCCCGCUGCGCCUACUUCACCCACCACAUGAUCACAAUAGUCAACAACAGUGAACAGAUGGUCCGCCUCGCCCAGCAGACACAAGCCAGGCACUGGCCCCCGGGCCGGCACGAUGCACCCGCCGAGCGCAAGUUCGACACCCUGCUCAACACAUUCCAGAAACUAAGAGACGAAGCCGCCCGAUUCCUCCUCGACGAGGCAUUUCUGGACCUCGAGGUCCAUUUCGACGACCUGUUCACAACAAAAUGGCUGCCGUCUUCUAUCCCGGUCGACACCAUUUGCGUCACUUUGGAAGACUACUUCCAGGACUAUAACCAUUUGAGGGAGAAAAACUUUGAAUAUGUGAUAAAUGAAGCGCAGAAUUUGGUGUACAAGAAAUAUAUAACCGCCAUGCUGUCUAAGAAGGUGACUUUCAAAACUGUCGAAGAAGCGCAGCAGGCAGCGACGAAGGUCGUGAAGGAGGCGAACCAAAUACGGUCCUUCUUCCGGAGGAUCGGCGCCGAGGGGGUCAACGUGGACUGGCCUUUUGAGGUCAUCAGCUCUUUGGCUGAGGUCCUCCGCUGCCAGGACAUCGAGAUGCUCUCGCUGGACCUGCACGGCGUGCUGGACAAGUGCCCCAACAUGUCGGAGGAGCAGCUGGUGCGGCUGCUGGCGCUGCGCGGCGACGUGCCGCGCGCGCACGUGCGCGACACCGCGGCGCACGUGCUCGGCACCCGCGCCAAGCCGAGACCCACCACCAUGCACGACUUCUUCAAGGACAUCACGUUUAGCGAUAGGCUGUUGGAGCGGUUCACUUUGUAAU